AUGGAGAGGCCGCUGCUCGACGCUCGCCACGGCGCCCACGCGGCCCCGGAGGGCUCGUCGUCCGCCGCGGCGUCUUCCUCGUCGUCUCUAGUCGAUGUGAGUCUCUUCCCGGCUCCUGGGGCCCGCGAACGCGCCCUCCCGGCCAAUCCCAGCCUUGCGUCUUUUCCCCACGAAGACGUGGAGCCUAUGAGGGGGUACCCACCGCCGUCCAACGCGCCGAAUUCCAAUGCGGGGGCGACUUCUGCGUCUUCUUCGGCUGCUGCAACUGGAGGCUUCCGGUCGGUGCCGUUGCCGCGGUGGUCCCCAUCUCCCAUGACGCCCAGAUACCUGGCAGCGACGACACAUCAACCACCGCCGCCACUGGGGGCUUUACUGACAGGUUCUGCCGCUGGAUCGGGGAGUACGAACGUGUCAAGUGUCGAUGGUUCUGCGGAAGUGGCGAGCCAAUAUCACCACUACGAAGAUGACCACAGAGCUGCUGGCUCUAGUGGUCUGGAAGGUCUGACUGCUGCAGCCGUGGUGGCGGAAAGUGGAAAUGCCAACGCUACUAGCUCGAUGACAAUGCGACCGGCACUGGGAACGCUGCCGCUGCCAAUGACACGUCCCUUGGUGGUCCCACCGCCGCCGCCUCCUGCUGUGGUGACCAACACGUCGACAGCUCUCCAGACUAGAAAGCGCAAGCGGAUUCCUGGUCCGAUGCGGAUGCGCAACUUCCUCUGCAUGCAUCCUGGCUGCGGCAAGUCGUUCACGGACAGCGCGCACUUGCGAGAUCAUACGGUUGUGCACACGGGUGAAAAGAAGUUGAGCUGUCCGACCUGUGGCAAGCUUUUCGCGCGAGCAUCGACGUUGCAGGAGCACAUUCGAGUGCACACUGGUGAGAAGCCUUAUGUCUGCGGCGUUCCUGGGUGCAGCAAACGGUACGCGUCUCGCGCAGCGAUGCGCUUCCAUCGAUCCACACAUGUGCUAAGUGCACCACUCACACCAUUUGCGUGUCAAGAAUGCGGGAAGCAUUUUCGGGUCCGUGAGCUGCUGAUGGCUCACCUGAAAGUCCACACAGCACAUCGCACAGCUGCUGCGGUGUCAGCGCUGACGUCCCUCUCACCUCGAGGCUUGGCUAGACCUUCUAUCAAUGGGCCUAACGUGGACAAACAUCUUCACGACACAAUCCGAGCGCAGCAGGACGAGAUCGAGCGGUUGCAAGCUGAAGUAUCACGUCUGCGUGAUGAAGCAUCCCUUCAGUCUGCUCCCCCGCGCCCACGUAUUGAGAAAACUACGAAUGUCAGCGCCGUGACUGCGCCGGUCGAGCUGCUCCGAGAUGGCUAUAAACCGUUCGAGUGCUGCAUCUGCCGCAACCGCUUUGCCAACUUCUAUCAGCUCACUUUUCACGGCAAGCAGCAUCCUGAGGCGCCAAUGACGGAGGUGACUGGGGAACAAGCUCCACUCCCUGUGGGGCCAAAGUAUUGCCCUGAAGAGGAGUGUGAGUAUGCCGAGUCGACCGGCAAGAGCUUGAGGAAUUUGCAGACAUUGAAACGUCACUGGCAGCGGCGACAUCAAAGCGAGCGCCCGUACGCGUGUUCGUAUUGCCCGUCCAGUCGCCAAAAGACGUUCAAGACGCGGGAAAAUCUCAAAGCUCACGAAAAGGACUGCACGAAGAAUGUUCCUGUCCGGUGA